CCCUGUCUCACUCCUGGAGCACGUUGGGCCCCGUUGGACCAUUUAAGGCCUUGUGGAUCCUUGACAGCACCUGGAAUUUCACCCAAAGCUGCCCUGGCAGCCAAGGAGGAGUCCUGGAUAUGGGAUCUGCCAGCUGGGCACCAUCCCAACCCUGGGCACCGUUGCUGGACAGGCUGUGAGGGGAACCCCACAGUGGGGAAACUGGGAUUGGGACAUAUCCAUAGGGAUGUUGGCGUGGAGCCGGAGUGGGGUGAGAUUCCUCCUUGUGGCUUUUUAGGGAUUCUCUGGGGUUUUCUCAUCUCUCUGAUGGAAGAGACCAAACUUUUUUUCCCUUUUUAUGGCCCAACCUGUGGUCUGGCGGGGGUCCCGGGGGGGUAUAAUUAGCCACCCUGACAGGUGGCAGGGAUCAGAUGGCCCCCAGCACCACCCCACAGCCCCGCUCGGCUUCACCCCAGCUGACGCGUGGCCGGUGGCAAAAUUCCCUAUGGACACCCAGCCCCAGCGUGCUGGAUCUGGCAGGAGCAGGAGAGCUACUGUAAAUAAACAGAAGGGGCUUUUCCAGCCUCCGAAGGCAAUUCCAGCCUCACCAUCCCAGCUGUGGGACAACGAGGAUGGACGGGGAGUCGCGGAAGAAGGGCCGGAGCGCUGGGAACAGUGUGGAAAAGCCAUUAGAAACCUGAGCUGGGGACGCGGCCCCGGGAUUAGUCGCACAUGGAGUCAUCCAGAGCAGAGACAGAAUUUGGACUUGAUGAUCCCUGGGAGUCCCUUUCAACUCAGGAUAUUCUGUGAUUCCAGGAACUGGGGAUGGUCAGACCAGGACCCGGCACCAAGACCCAUCCCCACAAUCUUGUGCUCCACUGGGAUUGUCCCUUCCAGUUGUCAGGUUGAGGAAUUUGCUUUUCUGCUUGCUAAUAUUUUGGGAGAAAUUCCUGUGUUUGAAUUCCUGUCUGGUCGCUGCCUUUUCCAAGUGUUUGUCUUUGGUCCAGGAUGUAUCCUGUCUGCAGCACUAUCACUGAGCUGUCCCUCCCCAUUGAGCCCAUAUCCGUGUGUCCAUGUGGAUCCCAGCCCUCCUGCUGCUCAGCACCGUCCCCAACCUCCAGCACACGAGCUCCUUGCUCCGCCGCCGACUUCAGCGCUCAGCCCCGGGCGACGGAGCUGCCGAAUCCUUCUGCUUUUCAAGGAGAGAGCUCGGCAGGGAUCCCGCUUAAUCCCAAAGGUCAGCACGGGGAGCUGCUCCCGUGUCCCCACAGUAAAGUUGCAUUAAAAGGGCAGGAACUGACCUCCAUCCCGCAUUGUCGGCAAGAUGGAUUUUAAUAAACAGGCCAGAAUGGUGGUGCUGAAACCCUCCCUGUGUUUCUCUCCCCAUGGGUUUAUCUCGUUUUCCCCAAGUUUUGAGUGUGUGUAGCACGGAGGAAUGGGCAUCCGAGUGUGGAGGGACCCACAUUUCUCCUGGAGGAGGUCAACAAGGGAAUGGAUGUUGGAGUUGGGAAUUUUUGGUUGUGCCACGUGUGUUGGGUUGUCUCUCCAUGGAUGUCACAAUGUGAUGCAGAAGCCAAACUGGUUGGGAUGGAGCAUCCUGGGUGGGAGUGGGUCCACAUGGCACUAAGAGGGGUCCAGGACUUGCUCCCACCCUUCAUCCCUUGGGAUAGGCUGGGAUGAGAUCUCUGGAUUGCUGGGAACAGAGAUUAGAGAGAGGCUGUUCUUUUUCCUUCCUUCCACCUUCCAUCCCAGGAAUCCAGAUAGAAAUCCCAGCUGAAGGCAUCCUUCCCUGCCUGCAUCUCUUCCUGCCUUUCCCACUGCCAAAAAGUGCCAUUUUCCAGCAGAAAGCCUUGUGGGGAAGCUCUGGGACACUGAUGAAACCUUGUUCCCACCAGAACCACCAGUGACUGCUGGGAGCUGCCAAAAUCCAGAGCUGGGAGUGCAGGAGCAU